GGGCGGGGGAGGGGGUUUCCUCCUGGAACAGGACUGAUAACUGGGGACACAGCCCCACCAUUCCUGAGCAGAUGGGGGCACAAGAGGUCACUGCUGCUGCAGCUGGUCCAGUCUGGGGGGCCCUUCUGGAGAGGGGACACCAGGAGGGCUCCCUUCCUGUCACAUGCUUUCCUGUCUCAACAGAGCUGGUAGUUCUGAGGCACUCAGGCUCCUAUGGGCUGGGGGGGGGGUGUCAGGGGCCACACCAGACCCAGGGGAAGGGCCCCAGGGGGCCAGCUGCUCUGGCCUGCUGACCUCUGCCCUCAGAAUCCGGUCUCUGGCUCGCUUCCUGCUCUUCCAGGGGAGCCAAGGGCAGGUGGGCCUGGCUGAAAAGCAUCUAUUUCCAAGCACAAGUCUCUGAACUCACCAAGCUGGGAAACGGUCCCCAGGAGGCUGAGACUUCCCCAAGCCCUAUCUUUUCCUGGAGAAUUAGAACAGGUGGCAUGGUCCACAUCUUGUGUGGACAACCAUCCAGGACGCCCCCCCUGUGCCCGCUGUUGGCGGCACCCCUCUGGUCUCACAAAAUGAGCCUGGGGUCUCUAGGUGUCCACUGCCCCCGUCCCACUGGGAUCAGCAGCACCUGAGUUUACGAAAGUUACUCCUGGGCCAGUAGCCUCCGGGCCAGCGAUCCCCACGGCAGCUCCACCCGCCCUCCCCAGGUGUGGAGCUUCAGAAACAACCGAGAUCACUGCCUUGACAAGACACACGACACACACGCACACCAGCGUGCGUGUGUACCCAGGAAGCGGUGUCAGAUUUUUCUCCAUGAACCAGCACUUCUCCCCCAGAAGUGAUUCCCCCCCGCUGCCCCUGCUGCCACUCAGGACCCUGUGAAGAGGGGAGGCGGUUGCAGGACAAAGAGAACAGGAGGGGCCCUUGCCCAGUGCACCAGUGGACCGCAGACCCGCUCUUGGUCCCCAGGACCUGACCAAUGAGCAGAGCUGCACCGUCCUGGAUCAGCUGGCGGGGGAGGGGUGCCAGGGUAGAGUGGCCAGAUUUAGCAAAAGCAACAAUCAAACAAACCCCAAAACAGAAUUAUCUGUCCAGUUAUAAGUAUGUCCAUGCAAUAUUUAGGACAUACUUAUACUCAAAGUAUCUGUUCUUUAUGUGAAAUUCAAAUGUAACUGGGUGCUCUGUAUUAUAUCUGGAAACCCCGGGAGGACAUUCAACCCUCCUAACCCACUCACUGCCACCUGACCCCUCCCGACCCCCCCACGCCUAAGGACAGCAAAUGUCCCCUGCUCUUCCCAACAUCGUAGGGGCCGAGUGGGCCGGCAGCGCCCCUGACCCAGACACACAGGGGAGCAGAGAGGGGCUGCUGGCUCUGGAAGCCCCUCCCCAGAGGUUGGGGUCUCUGAGGCAGGCCUGGGUCCUGGGCUCCAAGGGUCUCGCGGGGGGUCGACAAACUCCCUGUUGCAGGCACAGCAACUGUUGAAUGAGCCCCGAGUCCAGCUCUUCCCUGGCUCCCCUGGGUGGUGUCUCUCCCUGUCACCUUUGCCCGCAGGUGGACUGGCCCUCUCUGAUGCAGUAGAAAAAGGGGAACCCAUCAGAGGCCUCUAGAAAAGAGGAAGGUACAGCUCGUGGGUGGUUUCAGGGGAGGAGUGCUCGACCAGGGGCUGAAAAUGAGGAACCCUGGCCAGGCAGGACCUACCUGGAGAAGGUCAUUGCCUCUGCUGGAACCAGAGGAAACAGGAUCCAGACCAGACGGGGGUUUCCAGCCUGCACUCACCCCCUUUCCUGGGAAGGAAGAUGUGGAGGGAUGGGGGACGCAAACCAUGAGCAAACAGCCUGGGGGCUCCAGCAGCAGCCCCACCAGCUGGCCUCUGCUGCUCUCCAGGGUGGUGCAGAGUGGGAUUUCCUGGGGAGCUCCCUCGCACUGGGAGAGCUGGGGGCACCUAGCAUAGGCCUGGGCAGGGAACUGCUACCCCAGCCUUCUCCUGGACACGACUACAUAGUCUUUGCCAACUCUCACACAGCCUGAUCCCACAGCUGCUUCUGCCUGCCCGGCUCCCUUCCCAACCGCGCAGGGACCUCCAGAAGUUGGGGAAGGUCCCACAGCAAGCUUGGUCCAGGGUCCUGGGAAGCCCUGCAUUUUCCCCAGUGAGACCCCGGCCUCCGCUCAGGAAGAGGUUAAGGCUGUCAACUUCUGGCCUGUCUAUCCACCUUCAGUUUGAGGAGGAGAGGUGCGCUCAAGGUGUGGGUGGCAUGGGACAGGGGAAGAUACAGGCGGAGGAGGGCCUGGGAGGGGUGUGGCCGCCAUGGGCUGGAAGGCUGUGUCCCAGGGGCGGGGCACAACUUGAGGGCCCCCACACCUGGGAACCCUUUGUGAGCCCAUCACUGGGUGUCGCGUCUCCCCCCAGCAACAGUGACUCACAAAGCCAGCCUCUUCUGGGCCCUUGAAGGCCCAGGUCACAAAGGCCAUUAAGACCAAGCCCUGAGGAGGCAUGUCCCAAGACAGCCCCGCGGCGGGCUGGGCCUGGGCCUCCCACCUCGACCCCGGCCCAGGGACCGGGCAUUAGGGUUAGCGAGGAGCACCCAGUAGCUUCGACGCCCAUGUGUGUGGUCUGCUUCGUGAAGGCGCUGGUGCACGUGUUCAAGAUCUACCUGUCCGCCAAUUACACCUACAACUUCCGCAGCUGGCCGGUGGACUUCCGCUGGGAUGACGUGCGCGCCGCCGGACCGGGUGGCAGCGUUUACGGCGCGCUAACAUGCGCGGCGGCUGCAGCCGGCGUGUGGCUGCUGCAGGGAGCGGCGCUGGGUGGGGACGCGCCUGGGAGGCCAAUGCGGGGGGCGCGCAGCCAGGCGCUCUGCCUCCUGCAGCAGAUCCGCGAGCUGCCGGCCCAGCUUGCCAGCUACGCACUGGCCCACUCCCUGGGCCGCUGGCUCGUGUACCCCGGCUCCAUGUUCCUGAUGACGCGCGCGCUGCUGCCGCUGCUGCAGCAGGGCCAAGAGCGCCUCGUGGAGCGCUACCUCGGCCGGCGCGCCAAGCUGGUGGCCUGUGACGGCAACGAGAUCGACACCAUGUUCAUGGAUCGCCGGCAGCACCCGGGCAGCAGCGGUCGCGGCCUGCGCCUGGUCAUCUGCUGCGAAGGUAACGCCGGCUUCUACGAGAUGGGAUGCCUGUCGGCGCCGCUGGAAGCCGGCUACUCGGUGCUGGGCUGGAACCACCCGGGCUUCGGGGGCAGCACCGGCGAGCCCUUCCCUCAGCACGACGCCAACGCCAUGGACGUGGUGGUCAAGUACGCGCUGCACCGCCUGCACUUCCCGCCUGCACACGUGGUGGUCUAUGGCUGGUCCAUUGGCGGCUUCACGGCCACCUGGGCCACCAUGACAUACCCGGAGCUGGGUGCACUGGUCCUCGAUGCCACCUUCGACGACCUCGUGCCGCUGGCCGUGAAGGUCAUGCCCCACAGCUGGAAGGGACUGGUGGUGCGCACCGUGCGCGAGCACUUCAACCUCAAUGUAGCAGAGCAGCUGUGCCUCUACCCCGGGCCGGUGCUGCUGCUCCGGCGCACGCAGGACGACGUGGUCAGCACUUCGGGCCACCUGCGCCCCCUGCCGUCCAGCGACGUGGAAAGCAACCGCGGCAAUGAGCUGCUACUGCGCCUGUUGCAGCACCGCUACCCGGCUGUGAUGGCGCGUGAGGGCCUCGCCAUCGUGACUCGCUGGCUGCGCGCUGGCAGCCUGGCACAGGAGGCCGCUUUCUACGCGCGCUACCACGUGGACGACGAGUGGUGCCUGGAACUGCUGCGCUCCUACCGCGCGAGCUGCGACGACAAGCAGGAGGACGAGGAGGCCUGGGGGCCCCACGGGCUCGCCUUCCCGUGGCUCGUGGGUCAGGGCCUCAGCCCACGGCGGCGCCGGCAGCUCGCGCUGUUCCUGGCGCGCAAGCACCUCAAGAACGUGGAGGCGACUCACUGCAGUCCGCUGGAGCCUGAGGACUUCCAGUUGCCCUGGAGGCUGUAGCCCGUCCCCUUGCAGCGCCAGACUGCAUAUUCGCACACCUUCUGGGCCUCAGGUCCGUUCUCCUCCCCACACACCGACCAGUGAAGCUGGUCCCGCCUGGGGAUCCCGACCUGGUGUCUGGGGGAGGGGAGGGUGUUCCCCACUCCCUUCUUUCUCUUCCUCCCUCGAACACUUGUGGAUGUCCCAGUCUGCUCUCAACCCCUAAAGGGAAUGCAAAGAUUAAGCUGACCCAACUAUUGGCAAGCUGUGUGAUGGGUGCCUUGAUCACCUCAAAAGGAUGGUGGGAGCCCUAGGCCGUGCCCUUCACCUGGCCUGAGUUACAGGCUGGCUCUGGGAAGGACGGUGUGGAAGGGUCUGUGCAAGUCGCCCCCAGCUGUAAAGGACGUUGGCAUCGGAGGUGUAUAGAGCAGGUCUUAGCAGCUGCACCUUCCUGGAGUGUGAUGCUGCUGCUCCGUAGUGUCCCCUCCCCCCUCCGCUCCUAGCUUCUACCAGAGGCAUGCACAGUCUCUGUGGGACCACAGUCUCAAAGGAACAGGUACACACAGCGGCAAGCCCACACAGGGCUGCAGACACACCUGCACUGCCACUCACUGCCGAGCACCUCCUUGAGCCAGACCUGGACUGGGCUUUGUUCCUGGCUCAGGGAUGCAAUGCAGAAAGAGACAAACUCUCUGCUCACCACCACUUGUCAUAGAGUUGCUUCCUUGCCAUCUGCCCUGAACGGCAUGAAGCAGGGACUGCUUGCUGGGUGUCCCUUGCCUCUGGGGACAAGGGCUGGCCGGGGUGGGUUGAGAAAGAAACUCUGGAAAAACUGAAAAAGGUAAGUGGGGCGCACAUAUGAGUAACUGAUCACACCAGCACAGGGUACAGCCAUGAUGCACCUUGGCCAGUGAAAGCAGAGGCAGGUACUUAAAGUGACCAAAGUACCAGGAAGAUGUCUGUGAUGAGGAGGUGAGCUUUGAGCUAAGACAGGAAGAGGAAUUAGUCAGGAGGUGAGGGAAGGGGCUUGUGUGCCUAGGGAUCAGAGUGGCUCGGUUGCAAGGAGAGUAGUUCCAGAAAAGUCAAAUCCUGAAGGGUCUGAAUACCAUUGAAGGAUUUGCUUCCAGGGGCAAUUAGGUGACAAAGAUGGUAAGUUGUGGGACUUGUCUCAGGGAGACAGACAGGUUGCCAGACAGUUACACAUAUCUCCUAUGAGAAGUUAGGCCAACUCUCAUUCCAGAGUCUGCUGGAAGCCCCUCAACUAGCUGAGUGACCUUGGGCAAGUGACUCUAACCUAAGUGUCCUCAUCUGUAAAGCGGGGAGGGCUCCACCUGGUUCAACCCGUGGCUGUGAAAAGGAACUGCGAGAACACCGGCCGAACGCUGCACAGGGCCGGAGCGCUUCCCGGCAGGCGUGCUCAUGCCCUGCGCGUGCAUGACGCCCGGUGCCCGCCCGGGAACCUAGACGCCUCCAACCAGGUGAGGGCAGCGGCGCUUGCAGCGCAAGAGGACGGAUCGUGGUCACGUCUUUUUCUACGCAACCCCCAUACAAUAAAAAAAUCUCCGUAAAUGGACGGACUAAACAACAACAAAAAGACAGACUGGAGGGAAAGGCUAACCCCUAAGUCAGGGAGUCGGGCCUUGGAGGGAUCGCAAGCGGUCUGAGUUUGACCCGUCCAGCUGCGUGUGCUGUGGCGCUCGUAGGGAGCGGCAAGCAUCCCCGAGACCUCCACAGGGCGGGGGUGGAGAGGCUCCACGGCGCCAUGUUGGACGAUCUUCCCACUUCCCACCUUCCCAGGGUUCCUUCGGACCGUUCUACCUGUGCGUCUCGCUGGUGGAGCCGGCCUGGGAGGGAUUCCUGUCCGGCUUCGUUCUCAGCCGUGACCAAUCGGGUUGGAGCGGAUGAACAGGGACUGGGCCAAGCA